UAAGAACUCAAGAAGGUGCUGGAAAAUCUGAGGAGGUUGAGGAUUGCUCUAUCACUUGUUCUACAUCCUGAGCUCGUUUGCUGUCCCCUUCCGAGAAAGAAAGAAAAAAAAAUCUGCCAAAUCCCAGCGUUCAGUGCCCCGUUUCCGACGACCGGAUAUGAUGGCACACGGUUACUGACGAUGGGAAAGUCCAGGAUGGAGCAACAUCCCCAGGGCCUCGGCAGGCUUGGGUGCGCGGGGUGAAGGAGACCAGAAGGCAAGGGUGCAAGAAGAGCCGGGGGAAAGGAGGCAGAUAAGCUGACUGGACCACCCAGCGCGGCGGCUUUGCUUUUUGGCAGCAACCCCCCCCCCCCCCCCCACCUCCCGGGCCGCGGCAGACGCCGCAGCUGAGGCGGCGCGCGGGAACUGCCGGAAGGGGGCGGAGCCGAAGAGAAGCUCCUUUUUGAAGCAUGUUUUUCACUUGUGGCCCAAACGAGGCUAUGGUGGUCUCGGGUUUCUGCAGAAGCCCGCCUGUCAUGGUGGCAGGAGGUCGGGUUUUUGUCGUGCCCUGUAUUCAGCAGAUCAGGAGAAUAUCCCUCAACACGCUGACUCUUAAUGUCAAGAGUGAGAAAGUCUAUACUCGUCAUGGUGUUCCCAUAUCAGUUACUGGCAUUGCCCAGGUAAAGAUCCAAGGCCAGAACAAGGAGAUGUUGGCUGCUGCCUGUCAGAUGUUCCUAGGGAAGACUGAGGGUGAAAUUGCCCACAUUGCAUUGGAGACAUUGGAGGGCCACCAGAGGGCAAUCAUGGCCCACAUGACAGUAGAGGAGAUCUAUAAGGAUCGACAGAAAUUUUCAGAGCAAGUGUUCAAAGUAGCUUCAUCUGAUCUUGUCAACAUGGGCAUCAGUGUUGUUAGCUAUACUCUCAAGGAUAUUCAUGAUGACCAGGAUUAUCUUCAUUCCCUGGGGAAGGCUCGAACAGCUCAGGUCCAGAAAGAUGCACGUAUUGGGGAAGCUGAGGCCAAAAGAGAUGCUGGCAUCCAGGAGGCAAAAGCAAAACAACAGAAGGUAUCAGCUCAGUACGUGAGCGAGAUAGAGAUGGCCAAGGCACAAAGGGACUAUGAGCUGAAGAAAGCUGUUUAUGACAUUGAGGUCAACACCCGACGUGCACAGGCUGACCUAGCCUAUCAGCUGCAGGUGGCAAAGACAAAGCAGCAUAUAGAGGAGCAGCGAGUGCAGGUACAAGUGGUAGAGCGAGCCCAGCAGGUGGCAUUGCAAGAACAGGAGAUAACUCGUCGAGAGAAGGAGCUAGAAGCUCGGGUGAAGAAACCCUCAGAGGCUGACCGAUACCGCUUAGAAAGACUAGCUGAGGCGGAGAGGUCCCAGCUGAUUAUGCAAGCAGAAGCUGAAGCCGAGUCAAUUCGGAUACGUGGGGAAGCAGAAGCAUAUGCUAUAGGGGUCCGGGCCCGGGCAGAGGCUCAACAGAUGGCCAAGAAGGCAGAGGCCUUUCAAUUAUACCAGGAAGCUGCCCAACUGGACAUGUUGCUGGAGAAACUACCCCAGGUGGCAGAGGAAAUCAGUGGUCCUCUAAGUUCUGCCAAAAAAAUCACACUGGUAUCCAGUGGGGGAGGUACAUUGGGGGCUGCCAAGGUGACUGGAGAAGUAUUGGACAUUCUAAGCCACUUGCCAAAUUGUGUGGAGAAGCUCACAGGUGUUAGCAUUUCCCAGGUAAAUUAAAACAAGCCAGUUUUUGGAGCAACAACAAAAGGAUCAAAUUCCUAUUCCCUCAUGCACCAGUCAACCCUUAUAGAAAUUUCCUGAACCCAGGCUCUUUGUUCUACUGCAGUUGAGGUAGCCCCACUUCCUUCCAUGUUUGGAUUCUUCAGAUCUUCCCGCUCAUUUGCCUGUGUCUUGUGGGGGGCUGCUCCUCAUACUAUCAGUAGCCGGUUCUAUUCUAAAAAGGUGACCACUUAGCCCCAAUAUACUUAUUUAGUCGUCUAAUUAAAUGAUUGUCUGCCUGAAUUCUGGCCUUUUCCCUCUACUUUUUCUUCAAUGAAAAUAAGUUAUCCCAGACCACUAGUUCUCUUAAGCUGAAAAAGAGUUUUAGAAUGAAUAAGAAAUUCUAUUCCAAAACCACAAAUGAAGAUAUAGAAAGCACUCUUAAAGAGAGGGACUAGUUGGACCUUUUAAAUGGCAUAAUGGAGAAAACCAUAUUAUGGUUCAAGAAACAAACCUUGGUAUUGAUAUGGCAUUUUUAAUUUUCUCUGAGUAACCACCAUCCUAACCAUUAUCAAACUGUUCUCAAUGUUCCAUCAGAUUUAUCCUAUUCCUAUUUUAAUUUUAAGUGCAAAAAACAACCACCACCACUACCAAAGAUAGUACAACUACUGAUCUGAAGGGCAUUGAAGAGAAGACAGAAUUCCAAGUCCCACCCCAACCCUUACAUUGCAACUUCCCAUUCCCUUUCCAAGAAUCAAUCAGACACUUAAAUUUGUAGGGUUUUUUCCCUUCAUUUCCUGUUUAUUUGGGGUGGGGGUGGGGUGGGGAGGAAGAGGCAUCUUUUCAAUAUGAAAAAAAGCAAGUUCAACACAAAACAGAAACCUAGAACUGGGGGGGGAUGAGCCCAGUGUAGAAAAUGCAUAAGUGGAGAAGAUGACAGAAAAUGAAAGAGAGGGUGAUGGGAAGUGUUUGUUGCCCCAGCUUCUCUUCUUUUGGAGGGAAUUGAUUUGGGGGAGGGAGGAGAAACUGGAAGAAAAUUGAAAUCUUCCUCAAAUGAGGGACUUCUCUGGAAUUUUGGAAGUUGAAGCAAAUCUCACUGAUGGGUCCCAAAA